AUGUCUUAUACAAAUAAUGGCAUAACUGAGAAAGUAGGAAUAAUCAAUGGGAUUGAGUGUAUAGCAGAGAAUAUCUAUCUGUAUAAGAUAUUUAUAGGGGAUGCAUCAAGUCCCAUCCCUUUUUAUACAGUACGGCUGGGCAUACUUGGUCAGUCACUUACACGGCCGUAUUCCCCUGUUAAUUUUAGUGGUGGUGUAAUUGAGUGCAUAAUUAAGAUAUACGAAGAGGCCGGGGACAGGGAGAUGUUCACACCACAAUUAAGCAAAUUAAAGGAGGGCAGUGAGAUACGGGUUAUAUGGUACAUACACAAAUAUUCAAUAUAUAGUACACAUAGUAUAACAAGUACUAAUAAUAAUAGUAUAUGUAAUAAGUUAUGUAAUAAUGAUAGUACAGGAUAUAGUACUAAUAGUAUAACAAGUACUAAUUAUACUACAGUAUGUAAUAAGUUAUACGACAGUACAGAAUAUAAUACCGUAUGUAUGAUAAGUGCUGGUACGGGGAUUACUCCGAUGUUACAAUUACUUAAUCAUAAUAACCCGACUAACCCUAAUUUUAUUUUUAUAUAUGUUUAUAACAGUAAGUCACAGAAGGUCCCUUUAAUUAAUCAUGGUAAUAUAACGUAUUAUGAUAUAAUUAGUCAUAAUAUACAGCACACAGAUAUAAUUAGUAAUAUACAAGAUAUAAUUAGACUAAUUAUUAAUAAGCCUGUUGUAUAUUUAGUGUGUGGACCAGAUUCAUUUGUACAUUCAGUGGGCGGAGACAGGAAAGGGGCGUAUGGAGGCAUUCUUAAAGAAAUGGGCGUAUUAGAGAAAGACUGUUAUAAAUUAUAAUAGAAUAUAAUA